AUGUCCAAUACGAAUAGACCCAACUUGUCUGCGGAUGCUCUUUUUUAUGAGCGUGCUGCUCUCAUCGGCGGCCUCGCAUCUUGGAUGACCUUUGGGAUGAUAUGCGUCGUUUGUCUGCAGACCGUGAAUCUUCUCGUUGACGAUCCUCCCAAAAGAGGACGCACACGAAAUAAAGCCCUCAUCGCGUUCACUUUCGUGAUGUUCACGCUUGCCGUAUCUUUCGUCGGCCUGUACACGCGCAAUUAUCAGCUAGAAUUUAUCGACAAUCGCGACUAUCCUGGUGGUCCCAUGGCUUGGGGACGAACGCAGUACGGAAGUGCGCGUCUUGCGUCGUCCAACGCGAUCGGUGUGGUGAUUUCGUGGCUUGCAGAUGGGUUUCUACUGUAUCGCUGCCUUGUGAUUUUUCGCUUCAAACUGUACCUCUUGAUACCCCUGGUGCUAUUGUUCCUUGCAAACAUGGGUGAUCGCUCACCAUUAUCUGUUAUAUCCGAAUCUUUUGCUGACCUCCAACUUCGUGAAACAGUAUCCAGCAUCUUCUUCCUCUACGAAUCCAUGCAACCUGGCUCCAGCUUGUACAGCAAUAACACCGUGGAUUGGGGCCUUGCCCGCAUGAUCCUCACCGCCGCCCUCAACAUCAUCCUCGCCAUCCUCAUCACCGGCCGUCUGCUCUUUUUCAGACGACGGCUUCGUCGCGCGCUCGGCACUUCCGAGGCCUUGGCCGUACCGUACAUCUCCAUCGCGGCCAUGGUCAUCGAAAGUUCCAUGAUCUGCGCUGCGUCAUAUCUCGCCCUCGCAAUACCCUACGCGCUCAACAGCCAUGCCGCCAACAUUUUCCUGCCUUCUAGCUUCCUCAUGCCUGUUUUAUCUACCAUCCUCAUCAGCAUGCGAGUUGCAUCGCGCCGUGCGUGGGACUCGCGGACCAUGACAGUAAUGCCCUCAGACCUGACCAGUCCACGAAGAGCAGUUUCGUCUAUGGAGUUCACGGUCGCGACCGUCGAAGGGCUCGAGACUUGCGCGGUGGUGGAGGAAGUCGAUAGUCCCAGCUCCGAUAGCAGAGGGAUGUUGGAGAUGAAUAUUAUGCGGAGGAUCGUGGGUGUGCUGGAGGAUGGAGCACAGCAUGAGACGGACAAGAAGUGACGAACCAUAAUGAAGAAUUCUUCGUCCUGGAUAUUCUAGGUCUUUCUGUAUUCUUGAGGGUCUCUCGCAUCGGACUCGGAGACGUUUGUGUAUUCUAGAUCGCGCAGCUGUCAUUGUGUUC